GAAGUAAUAGUGUUCUGUGAUUUUCAGCUACCAUUAAAAUAACAUUAAGAAACAUGGAAAAUGCUGAUGAUAUAUAUGGUUAUUUGGAAGAAUUUUCCAAACGCAAACCUAAAUCUAUACCACAAGAGUUAAACGAAUACUUGGCGUAUGUAGCGCGAACCGGUGAUCCUGUGUACCAAUGGCCUCUAGUAAAAAGUUUAUUCAAAGAAAAAUUGUUAAACGUCAUCACAGACUUUUACGACACUACUCCAAAUACAGAUAUUCCUCCAUAUCCUAACGUGGACCCUUUUAAUUACGAUACAAUGAAGAAUAGUUUGAUAGAACGUUUGGAAUCUUUUACAUCGGCCCCGUUUACGGUACAAAGGAUUUGUGAAUUACUUACAUAUCCUCGUAAGCAAUACAACCGCGUUGACAAGUUUAUGAGGGCAAUUGAAAAGAACAUUUUGGUUGUAAGUACCAGAGAGCCAGGAAUUGUGCGUCAGCCAGAACCAGAAAAUGGCGACAAUGCGGAACAUCUUGUUAACGGCUCAGACAACAAUUCAGAAUAUAAUGUAGAUGUUGAAAUGGAAGAUGUAUCAUGGAAAGAGGCUACAGAGCAGAGAAAUUCAGAACCACAACCCUGCUCAUCAGAUGCUCACAUUUCUGUAGAUGAUGUUGAAACCAGGUUGAUAACUAAAAGAGAUACUCCAAUGGAAGUGCAAGACAAUAAUGCAAAACAAUUAGAGUCUGCCACACCAUCUGACUUCAAAACAUGUACGAAUAAAACUGCAGAAAUAAAACUUGAGGAAGCACCAUCAGAGGUUAAAACAAAAAUUGAUAGUGAACAAAAAAUGGAAAUUGUCACUGUGCCGGCAGCAGUUGAUAAAACUGAAUCUGAUAGAAAUGUGGAAGACACCUCUAAUAUCACCUUGGUAAUACCAGAAAUUAAAGUUGAUGAUACAGAAAUGAUUGAACAAAAACUUGAUGAACAGUCGAUGAUUACUAUUAAAGAAGAAACUCAAGGAGACUCAUCAGAAACUGAAAACAAAACAGAGAUUGAGUCACCAUCUAUAACUUCUACAGACGAUAGUAGUUCAGACUCAAAAGAUGAGCCUGUCUCUAAGCAUUUAUCUGAAGUUUUAACAUCUAGUGAGGAGAGCUCAUCAUCAAGUGAUAAUACUGAUGGUAACAGCAAUUCACCUAAACCAGAUUGUCAGAUUGAUAUACAGGAGGAAUCAAACCAAUCGGACAGUAACAAAGAAGAUUCUCAAGAGCAAGCACUAGAUAUAAAACCAAGCAUGGAACCAGAAAAAGCAACAAACCAGGUGUCUCUGGAAUCUGAUAAUUAUUCAAUAUCUGAUGUGAACUCUGAAUUACCACAACCCAAAGUUCUGAAUGCAAAUGAAGAGCCAGAAAUUGAGAAAAAAGAUGACCCAACAUCCAAGGAAAUUGAAAGGAAGGCAACUGAAGAUCCUGAGGGGAACAGUAAAACAGAAUCCUAAAUGAAUAAUUUAAUUUAAUCAUUUGAAAUUGUGACUGUGACUUCAUAAGAAGUUAUUAUUAAGUACCUAAGUUUCUUUCUAUUUUAUAAUAAAAUUCAAAAUGUAUAUCCUGGAAAUCUGAAUAUAUUUUAAGUGUAGAUUCCCAAUGCCAAUUCAAGCUGCAAAAUGUGAUAGAAAAUUUUUUUACUGUUAAGUAGGCAUGGAAUAUUUCACAAGUAGCAUAUGAAAUUUCGUAUGAAAUGCAAUUUCAUACAUUGCAUCUGCUACCUCUCUUCAUUUCGAUGCCUCCAAUGAACACUACUCUAACUCAAAAUUUUGAAAUUUUCGUUUUUCAUGCA